AUGUCGUCCACCGCGUCUCGGGCGCACGUGCGACGGAAUUCGUCGUUACAAGACGUCCGAGCCUUUGUCGCCCACUUCCCAGCCCACCUGAGCUGGCGCGCCGAGCGCGAGUCAUUCAGACACGAAGCGCUGCAGUACGCGCUGUGGAUCCCGUUCGCCGUGGUGGCGAAAUACUUUGGAUUCCGAACCAUCUCGUACUUGUUCGCGACGUGGUUCACCUUGGGAGAGGCGAUGUUGGUGUACACGCACGCGAGGCAUCGAAAGGUGCUCCGAGCGCUUCGGUGGUGGCACAUUUUGUUGGUCAUCGGGUGCGCGGUGGGCGUCGCGGGGGCGCCGUUGGUGGGGACGUUUGGACGGUUCGUGAUGGAUUACGUCUUCUGGGGGGUCGUCGCGAUGGCGUGCGUGUUCCCCAUGGUGCCAAAGACGUUCAGGGCGGACGUUCCGGAUAUGAUUUACUCUCUCGGGUUUUUAAGACGGAAGACGGAGAGCGACGGCGAGUGA